GCAAGUUCUAUAACCGCCACUCUGAAGAACACUCACGACAUUGCUGCUAGGCCAGUAGGGACGUACAUCCAUGAAGUUGCUGCUGAUGCUGCUGCUGCCCCUGUUGGCGCCAAUAGGGGCUGACUUCCCCUUCCGGAACACCUCGCUCACGUGGCAGGAGCGGGUUCAGGACCUCGUGGGGCGUCUUACCGUGGAUGAAAUACAGACCCAGAUGGGGCGGGGAGGUUGGGGGCCCCAGGCCGGGCCUGCCCCCGGAAUAACCAGGCUGGGGAUAGGUCCUUAUUCCUGGAACACAGAGUGUCUGAGGGGCGACUCGAGGAGUGGGUCUGCAACAUCCUUCCCCCAGUCAAUAGGCCUCGCGGCUACUUGGAGCACUGACAUACUGUUCCGAAUGGCCGAGGCUACGGGGGUCGAGGUCCGUGGCAAAUACAACGACUAUGUCAAGAACAACGCCUACGGUGACCACAAGGGCCUCAGCUGCUUCAGCCCCGUCAUCAACAUCAUGCGGGACCCCAGGUGGGGCAGGAAUCAGGAGACCUAUGGAGAGGAUCCGUACCUCAGUGGUCAGUUCGCGGCCAGUUAUGUGAAGGGACUGCAGGGCAAUGACCCCCGUUACCUCAGGGCUAACGCCGGCUGCAAACACUUCGACGCCCACGGCGGCCCCGAGAACAUCCCCGUCAACAGAUUUUCCUUCGACGCCAAGGUUCCUGAGCGAGACUGGCGAACAACCUUCCUGCCUGCUUUCCGAACGUGUGUCAAGGCCGGCACCAUGAAUCUGAUGUGCAGCUACAACAAACUGAACGGAGUCCCGGCCUGCGCCAACAAGCACCUGCUCACCGAUGUCCUCAGGAAACAAUGGGGGUUUGAAGGCUACGUCAUCAGCGACCAGGGAGCUAUAGAAUUAAUGAUGACACAGCACCACUACUUCCACAACAACGUGGACAUGGCGGCCGGCGCCGUGGAUGCAGGAUGCAACCUUGAGCUCUCCAAUAAUCUCGCCACGCCAGCCUUCUUCUCCAUAGCGGACGCCGUGAAGCAGGGCAAACUCAAAGAGGACGUGGUGAGGCAGCGGGCCAAGGAGCUGUUCUAUGCCCGGAUGCGGCUGGGUGAGUUCGACCCCCCAAGUAUGAACCAGUACAGCAAGCUGGACUCCUCCGUGGUAGAGACUCGGGCUCACCAGGACCUCGCCGUGGAGGCAGCCAUGAAGUCCUUCGUCCUCCUCAAGAACCACAACAACUUCCUCCCCAUCAAGGCCAACCACUACAAACAGUCGGCUGUUGUCGGGCCGUUCACCUACCAGGGACGUGGCGUGUUUGGCAGCUACGCCGCCAACACCGACGACAAGUACAUCUCCACUGUCCUGGAUGGACUGAAGGGCGUGGCUCCCACGGUCAAGUCGGCUGAGGGGUGCACGGACUCCACUUGUAAUACAUACCAAGCCCACAUGGUCAAGUCAGCCGUGCAGGGCGCAGAGAUUGUCUUUGUAUGCCUCGGUCUAGGUCAAAAGAUGGAGGAUGAGUUUCGUGAUCGUCGUAAUCUGGACAUGCCGAGUGGACAGUUGACACUUCUUAAAGACGUCCUAAGUAACACAAAGAACGAUGUUCCCGUCGUGCUGCUGUUGUUUAACGCCGGUCCGGUCAACAUCGUCCAGCAAGAAGCUGACCCCCGCAUCUCGGCCAUCAUGACGCUGUUCUACCCGGCACAAGCCACGGGCACGGCGCUGUUCAAGACCCUCACCAACGACGGGCCUUUCUCCGUCCCCGCCGGCCGACUACCCUACACCUGGUACCGGAACACUAACGGCUUCCCAUCUAUGACAGACUACACGAUGACAAACCGCACCUACCGCUACUCCGAUGUCGACCCUCUCUACCCCUUCGGCUACGGCCUCUCCUACACCACCUUCCACUACGACAACCUCCAGCUCGGUAGCAACACCAUCCAAGCCGGUGACGACGUAUCGGUGCAAGCCCGCGUAAACAACAGAGGCGGACAGGAUGCAGACGAGGUCGUGCAGCUGUACAUCAGCUGGGAGAAUCCCACAGUCACCGUCCAAAGGUUGCAGCUGGUCGGAUUCCUCAGAAUGGCGGUCCCAGCUCAAGGUCACGUGAACGUGAACAUGACGAUAUCUCACGAGAACUUGGCUGUGUGGGCAGACGACACCACCGGCUGGGCUGUACAACCGGGGAAAGUGCGGGUGUACUUGGGUGGCCAGCAGCCCAAUCAGAAGAUGUCCGUGGGAUCAAACACCCUCACCACAGAGCUGACCAUCACUGGAACAAAGACGCUAGGAGUAUAUUGAAUGUAACAGGCAAUGUUAAACAUAUCGGAUCUCAUGACGUAUUAAAACAUGCCGUUAUGUGAAACCAAGAAAAGCAUUAAAUAACGACAGGAAUGGAA